UCGAUGCCAGUCGCGCUCCUGCACUUCUACGUUACCGAACUGUUAGUACGCGUUCGCUCUCGCACUUCUACGUGUGUUUAUGUGUAUAUAUACGUGCGUGUAUACACGAUCCUGUCUGCCGAACGCGCCCACGGUGUAAACACUUUCUAUUCUGACCUCGCUCGCUUGAUCGAAACUUGGGCGACGAACAGAGAAGCUAGAAUAGUCGGGAAAAAGUGACACGCACCGUUAAGUGGUAUCCUGUGAGUUUUACCCGUUGUACUGUUACGAGAUCCAAGUAUGAAAAUGACAGUGAACUUCAGUGAUGGAAUGAACAGCCGUAUCGAAUUCGAAGUGAACCACGAUCGAGUGGGAUCUUAGUCUUCUGGUGAGCUCUCACACGCGUUCUACACGCGAAUAAUGUCAGCGAGCAAGGAGUGCUGAGUUACGCGUUGAUUGAAAGUCGCAGAGGAAGAUAUAUAUUUACGUGCGGCCCGGUGUGUUGAAAUCCCCGAGCUCCGUCGGUGCGUACAUACGCACGGCAGACGAAUAUACGUAUUAUUUUCGAAGAGUUUUUCCCGCGCGUUUUUUCUAACAGAGAAAGGCAAGUGCACGAAAGUAUCGCAUAUGUACCGGGCGAAUUUUCGUGCGGCGUGCGCCGUCUUGUACGGAGUCAAAUUUCUGAUACUCGACGUCGUGGUGUCUAGCAUUUCGAGGAUCAGCGUAGCCUCGUAAAGGGUGCAACAGAACACUUGCGUUAGGUUAGGUCGGAGAGUCGAGAUCGAACUGUAGUUCCCCUAGUGAGGACGUUAAAAGGAUACGCGUUUGGUAGAGGCUUAAAGCGCAAUCGAGGAUACAGUAGGCGGUUAUGAUGGGUGUAUUGAGGUGGAGGCACGAUCUCAGAUCGGAUGCCGGCCAACAGCAGCAACAACGGCCCAACACCGAACGAUCUUCGGCAGGACACAGCAAUCAUGCGCACGCGCAUACACACACACUGCCGAAACUUAUAUCACAGACCCCGAGGGAGGACAGGGCAGCAUCGAGUCCUGGUAAUCAGAAUAAUCACACACCCACACCGUCCCCGUCACCGGUCGGCGAUGCACCCGUUGGCAGGGCUCUUAUGGAGGCUGCGCUUCAGCAAGCCACUUCCGGAUCUCAGCCACCUCUGGUGGUGAUACCGCCUGGAUACUGGGUCGACGGUACCGAUCAUCGACACGCCCUGGACUCAGCUGGCAGGGCGUUACUUCCGGCGCAGCCUGCAUGGCAACCCAGGAUAGACCAAGAUGAUACGGCCAAAUGCUAUAGGCGAUUCUUCGUCGGAAGGGAGCACGUGAACCUGGUGGGACGGGACGGAGAGAACGGGCCGGUCCUCGUCUCGGUGAAGGCCGAGACGGUUGCUGGACAGGAACACUGGAGGGUCUUGCUGCGAUUGCGGGCUGGUUCCACUCACGAAUUGGUACCCGCCGCGAACCUCGGCCCGAAUCCGUCACCCGCGAAGAUGGUCAAGGCGAUCAACGAAUCCCUGAACGUAAGCACUCUGAUGCCCGUCGUCUGUUCCGGCGCCGGUACACUGAUAGCACGGUACGACGAACACGCUCUGGUGUCGAGGUUUAAAUUCGGUGUUCUUCACCAACGUGCCGGCCAGGUCACAGAAGAACAACUUUUUGGGAAUAGGCAGAUCACGCCUGCUUUCCAAGAAUUUCUCGACCUGCUGGGUCAGAAAAUUGAUCUGAAAGAUCACAAAGGAUAUCGCGGAGGUUUGGAUACUCGACACGGACAGACAGGAGAUUCCGCGGUGUACGAGGUAUUUCGAGGUCGAGAAGUGCUGUUCCAUGUCGCUUCUCUUUUACCAUACAGUCCAGGAGACUCGCAGCAAUUGCAGCGUAAAAGACACAUCGGCAAUGACAUCGUCGCGAUAAUAUUCCAAGAGGAGCCAACCCCUUUCAGUCCAGAUAUGAUCGCUAGCCACUUCUUACAUGCAUUCAUCGUGGUACAAGUCGUCGACCCCUGCACUCCUAAUACGAGGUACAAGGUCAGUAUAACGGCACGAAAUGAUGUUCCCUGGUUUGGUCCAGCUUUGCCAACGCCAGCUGUAUUUUUGCGUGGAGUCGAAUUCAAGGAAUUCCUUUUGACGAAAUUAGUGAACGCUGAGAAUGCGGCUUACAAAGCUGAAAAGUUUUCGAAACUUGAGCUGAGAACGAGAUCAGCUCUAUUAGAGUCUCUGACAGAAGAGUUACAAGCGAAGACAGCAGAAUUUCUUGGUGGAGCAAUUGGCUUAGGAGGUACCGGUUUAGGAUUCGGAGGAAAUUGCCCAGUAAGUCCAACAGCCAGCGACGCUUCGGGAUCUGGUAGUGGUGGAAGUGGCUCUAGAUUUAUCGAUACCGUUCGAAAAGCGCUGAUAUCGCGCGUUAGGAACGCCUCAACCGAGAGUGUACCACAGCAGUUAUCAAAAAAGGGCCAGUCUGAGCCCAGUCCACCUAGCAAUCGACAAUCGACUACAAAAAUUAGCAGUAAACGUUCAGUAGAGCCUUCGAGUCCCUUGGGUUCUCCGGAUUUAACCCUUAGAAGAGAUUCAGAACGUGGAAGCCCUAGCUUAGGAAGUCAGGACAGUAGUUUAUCUAACACAGACAAUCAAGAUAGUAGUUUGGCCACCUUACAGCAAGACGAGGUUGAUCGUAGAGAAUCCACCACCUCGAUUUGUGGCAGCAACGAUACCACAGUGGUGGAUAAAACUUCUGUAUCGUCCGUUCAAAGACUGACUCACGAAAAUUUACGGAAACAAGAGAGGUCGGACAAAACAGAAACAACCCAGCGGGUUAUUUCAGAAAGCGAUGACAGCUCAUUAAACAGCGAGCUAGAGCUAGACCAAGCUGUAUACCCAGACAGCGAUACAGGCCUUGAAUCGAUGAGUUCAGCCGAAACUCAUGAUACCACAAGGUGUACCACUAAGGAUGGCGUUUUAGAAAAUGAAAAUUUGAGAAUGGAAGUCACCAGGCUUAAAUGCGACAAAUUAGAUUUACUGAGGCAAAACGUGACUUGCCAACGUGAUAUAAAACGACUUCGAGAAAAGGAGCUUCAGUUACAAUCGGACCUUGCAGCCGCUUCAAAGGAAAUUCUUCGAUUGCGAGCAAUGUUGAAAGAAUGCCCCACGAGUAUUCCAUUGGAUAACAAUAAUCAACAGACAUCUACCGUUUAAAAAUCUUUUUGAGAUACAUUUGUCUUCAUCGGCGGAUAACUUCCCGUUGCAAUUAUUAGAUUUUAAUAAUUAGUUGAACGCAGUAGUUGAAAACUCUAUACGUCGUACUUUUUCGGAACCUCUUCUUUUAAAGAAAUUUUUCCGAGGUAGUUUGCAAAGAGUUUAAAACUUGUAAUUGAAAUGCUUUAUGUUAUGUUUUAACACUGUGGUUGAACUUCUUUAGGCAGAAAUUGAUACAAACGUUGUAUAUUACAAGAGAAAGGGUCAGUGAAGGAUAUUUAGAAAAAAUGUUUUUGCGAUAUAAAUAUAGCGAUGCGUCUUUCGAGAUAUUUGCAACGUAGACGCCAAUUGUUACUUGUAGAAAUAUUUGUUUGACCUUUAACAAUAUUAUUUAUCUAUUAAUUUAUUAGUAGGUGUAAGUUAAUGUCUAAUAGUCAAUAUAGUUACAAAUAAAUGAUCACACAAACA